GGUCACAUUACCACGAGUUUAUUUUAUAGUUUGUUUUCUAAAAUAAGGAAAUUGUUCCUAAUGGCUCGGAAACGAAAAAUUCCCGUGCGGAAACACCACGGUAUUCGCGAUCCCCUGAAGCAGCAGGAACAGAAAGAGAAGAAACUCUCCAAAGUAACCAACAAUCCGCCCGUUAAAAAAGAUGAGCAGCAGGUGUCCUUCAAGUUCCGGCAAUUUAAGCAGCUAGCCGAUGCCACCAAAACGGGCAAAAAGGUGAAAUUGGGACAAAUUGGACGAGAGGAUAAACCCAAAUCCAUUACAGGAGUAAAAGCAAGUGGUUCAGCCAAGGAAACGCGAAACAUCAAACAGUUUACCAACGAAACGGACGAGGAUUAUCUACGCCGGGUCAACCGUAUAACUAGUGCGUCCGUUCGGGAGGCCCACUAUGAGGCAAAGUAUGGAGUAAAUGUCAUAAGGAAUCCCAAAACCGGAGAGAUUACGGUGCAAAAGAGGCCCAAAAACGAGAUUGAUGAGCUACUAAAACAAAAACAAAAGGAACGCCGUUUGGCGGGCCAGAAAGGUCGAAAAAAGGUUCACACCCCGCAAAAACCAACCAUGGAUGCCAAAACCAGCAGGGAAUUGGUUAAGAGAGCCUACAGAGAGGCCCAACAAGAAGUCGACACCGAAAAUAAGCAAAAUGCCGGGCCAACGGAGUACAAGCACGAUGUUGUCGCCUUUGGGGAGAUUGUCCAUGCCCCACCAUCCCUCAAAAUCCUUCCGCGCAAGGCGGCCAAAAACGAGACAGUGCCCCGACCAGGACGCAAAACCAAUCUUUUAUUGAAAUCCAUGCUAGAUCCAGCCGAAACUCAGUCAAAUGAGGAGACACAGGAUUCAAUAAGUCGGGCAAAAGUGGCUGGUAAAUCCAAAACAGCCUUUAAACCACCCACCAAGGCGCAGAUGAAGGGUAAGCGAAAGGACCUGCCCUUGGCAACAAGGUCCAUGCUUGAAUCGGAGCGCAGCAAAAUGGUUCUUCUGUACCGUCAACUCAAGAACAAGACGACUGCGGAUGCUUAGUGUAACAUAGACUACAUUUUUACCUUGAAUGGACUUUUUUUUUAUUAAAGCUAAUCAAUUAUAUAACAUAAAUAUAUCUGUUACCUGCUGAAAUAUUAAGUGACUUUACUCUUGUAUGCAAUGUUUAAUUAAUUGAUAAGAUUUUUAUAAAGUCAGGUUCUUUAACACGUAAA